UUUCAAUUUCUCUUUCUGAUACGCACGGAGAGGAGGUCAACCAACCUUGUUUUUCUCUCGCUCUCAACAGCAGUUUUCCUCUCGUCAAACAAGGCUCUUUCUCUAUAUUUUCUUAAAUAUUUUUAAGAUUACAGAACCACACCCACUACAACAAUGAAGAGGAACCACCCAACACCAAAUGUUUCAGAGGAGACCCCAUUGCCGUCCGACUCUGACGAGGAUGAAUACGAAGACAUGUCAACCCAGAAAUUGAAAAAGAUGAUUGACGAGGGUGGACUUUCUCAGACCACGACCGGUCAACUCUUGACAAUUUUUGUCAAGAAAGUUGACGAGAGGGACGCCAAAUAUGAGAAGGGUACAUUUUACAACUUGGAAUUUGUUAUUAAAAUAACAAAUAAAAUUGUUAUGAUUGCAGAUAUGAAAGGGUCAACUGCUAAGGCUACCACUGCUGUAGUUCCUACAUCCCGUAUGAAAGCUAUAAGAGAGGCAGUUAAAGAACGGAUCUCAUUUGAAGGAAAGGAUGAGGACUUGGUGAAGGACCCGCGUUUCAAAGUGGCGAUGGAGUCCCUCGAGAAGAACCCCAUCACCACGACUUUCGACGAUGUCACUCUUACAGUGAUAUGGGACAAGCAACGAUCCAGGGUCGGGUUUCAUAAUCCCACCCCCUUUACAAAACAUUUGAAGGGGAAAGACGUCUACAAAUGUCAACUUGAUUUCUGUUGGCUAGAUGAGAACUCGCGCAUAUGGAAUUUUUGCAAGUCUCACUGCCCUGUAAAUGCUUAUUUUGUAUGGGAUAUCAAAGCUGAUGUCACCACCAUCGCAAUCGUCACUCCCAUGAAUCCAAAAAUUGGUGGAUACAACAACAGUGAUUUGCAAACCUACUCAAAAUCAAAAACUGCCGAGAGUGUCUCCACAUGCCUCUACAACUACAUGAACUCUCACAAAGAUUCUAAAACUGACCUCCACGUCGCUGUUCUUCGGUCAUUCUCCAAGUUUGAGUACUCGACAGAGGAUUUCUUAGCAGGGGAGGGAAACCAUCACAACAUGGUAGCGAUGAGUAUUAUGACAAUGCUCUACAAUUCGACUUGUGAUGUGAAAGACAGGGUCAUCUUCCUCAACCAGGAUAUUUAUUUUCGAAACAGGGACGGAUUUCAAAAGAACUUUUUUUUAAAGUUGAAACAAGUUUUUGAGAUAAACGGGUUCAUUUUCAAAUUCACGGGUGAAAAGAAGUCCACCAUCCUUCUACCCAAUUCUCUUCAUCCAACAGUCUCCUAUGAAAAUCUGCCAAGCUCUUACCUCGCACGGGAUAAUAACACAGGUGAAAUAUAUUCGGGAUUAAAGUAUGAGAUGCGUCGGAAAGCAAAGGGACAAGGAUCCAGUACACACACCAAAGGCAAGAAGACGGCGUUGUCUGAUUUUGACAAAACCCAGAUAAAGAGGAUUUAUCAAUUUGGCCACCCUCAAGCUAAUCUCAUAAAAGAUAAACUGAAGUACACGAAGUUGUCAAAAGAGGAGAAGGAAAUUCACGAUGAAAUGAAGGAGAAAGCUGAGCGUGUGGAAACUAUGGGUCACAUGGCGUCACUACUUGCCGAGAUACUCGGAUUGAAGAUAAAUGGUCGCGACAUUGAUUUUUUAUGUCAAAAAUUUUCCCACUUUGAUGAUGCGUAUUCAAAAUCUGUAUUUAGGGAUAUAUUUGGUUAUCUAUAUGGCGAAGUGAUUGAAGUGGAGAUCCCUACUAUGGGAAAAGAUGAUGAUGGGAAGAUUGUUUGGAAAUUUGUUAAGUAGGUUGUUGUUUCUUUUUACUAGUUAUUGAUUGUACGGUUCUUUUACCUCAAUGAAUCGUAUCUUACCUUAUUAAUUUCCUGUACGCGUUAUUCUUCACGCGAAAAUAAUACUUUAUUGAAAUAAUAAUAAUAAUUACCAAUCAUUCCCAAGCCAUAAAACGUCUCCAUCGUGCC